GCCACAGACACUGACGAGACGGAGAGCACGGACAGCGAGUCUGUGAACAGCAGUUGGGAUCUCCUGCACACGAUGCCAGAGGCAGGAGAACAAGCAGGCGCCGACGGAGGUGGUCUGCAGUUUCGAGGUGAUGGUCGAAUGCCAGGGGUGAAGCUCACGGUCCUCAGCAAGGAGUUGGCGAGGAAUCCCAAUUCCUAUCGCGAGUGGCGAAAAGAGAUUGAGAUCAUCGAGAAGAUCUACAAGGUGGCUCCAGCGGACCUCGGACCCUUGGUGUACCUCAGCCUGGAGAAGGGCGAUGGACAGCCAAGGGAGUUGGUCGAGACGCUCGACCUAGACGUGCUCAGCAGCGAGGUCGGCCUGCGGAACCUGAUGGAGAUUCUGGACGAGGAGUUCACCGAGAAGGACUACGAGCGCAGCGAGAAGCACCUCAGGGCGUUCGAGAAGUCCCGCAGAGGCAUCGGAGAAGAUGUCGACGACUACAUCGCGAGGUUGAAGACGGCCAGGCGCAAUCUUAAGGUACACGACCCUGGCACUAGGUACUCCGACACCUCAUUCGCAAGAAAGCUCUUGCGGAGCUCAGGGCUAUCACGAGAAGCCCAGCGGCAGGUACUAGCAGCAGCAGGCGCGGAGUGGAACUCGGAGAAGAUCGAAGCGACGAUCAAGAUGGUCUAUGGAGAUGUUCACCUAGACGAGAAGCGGCGUGUGGACAAGAGGAACGAGCACCCGAGCAAGCACACGCAGUAUCGACAGUUCCCUCCACGGUUUGGACAGCCCACUUCGAAGUUUACUUCAGGUGGAAUGGACGCCGAUGAAGAGUUCAGCCAAGAUGAAGAUUACCCUGAUUACGAGGACGAAGACGGUCAGCCACAAGACGCCCUCGUGGCGGAGGAGGCGCCAGACAACCACCAGGAGGACGAAAACGAGUACGGCGAGCCGGACUCGGACGCCAUGGACGACGAAGAGGAGGUGGUGCUGGACGCGUUCUACCAGGGCUUCAAGGCGAAGAAGAAGCAGUUUGGCCGCGGCAAGGGACGCGGGAAGAACACCACGAGUGGCGGCCGGGGAAAGAAGUCCGGAGCGUGCAACGACUGCCUUCAGCCAGGCCACUGGAAGGGCGACCCAGAGUGCCCGAAGGUGAUCGCGGGGAUUACGUCUCCGUUCAAGCCUGGCGGCAAGGGCGACGGCAAGAAGAGUUCUUCCUCGGCGAACGUGGCAGCAACGAUGGCUACGGACAGUACGGCGCACAUGGAGUUCAAGUGGUUGAACGACGGAGCGGAAGCAUUGCCAUCUCCCCAUCCGGGACCGGUGGAUGCCUUCGUGCUGGGUUCGCAGAAGGUCAAGGCGGAGGUGACGCAAGAGAGCGACAACCGUGGGCUGGAUCCCAGGAGGCCUCCGACACCGGGCUCAGAGUUCGAAGACGACUCCUUCGAGAAGGACUCAGACGAAUCCGAGGGGGUCUACAAGAGCUGGACCGAGGAGCAGCUCAGUGCGGAGUUGGCAAGGAGGAAGCACAAAUCGACUGGACCGCGGGAGGAGUUGGUCGGAAGACUCCUCCGAUCCAACCUGCACGCGACGUUCAUGGAUGAAGAAGCUGACGGAUGGCAGGAUGUGGAAAAGGAACCCUCUGGAGCGGCUGGAAGUGCCGAUGGCGGCAAGAAGCCAAAGCCCUCAGCGCGGCCGAAGCCUAAAUCGACACCAGCGGCUUCGAGGUUCCAGUCUGAGAGGAUCCACAUCAGCGGCGACGACGUACGCUCGUUGGUCGAUCGGUACAGGGCGCGGCUGGACGAAAUCGUGGUGGACUUCACGAACCGCGCGCGCGACCACCACACGGGGUACGUGACCGACUGCGAGCUGGAGGUGUUCAGGAUCCUGACGGCGAAGCAGCUGCAGCACAAGAAUGCGAGCUCCGGCGAGGUCCUGGACAACGUACGCUGGACAAACACAUCUACCUGGACGUUCGCGAUCUGCAAGAACUGCAACCGGUACGUCCAGCGGAUCCCGAAGACGAACUACGCGAAGGAAAUCAGGGACAAGGCGUACAGCCGCGAGGACAACAAGGACGCGCUCGUGGUCAAUGACGUGUUGUGGGACGACAUCGGCACGACGGAGCUAAUCAACGAUAGCGGGUGCAGGCGCAGCGUCGCAGGUCACGAGUGGCACGACAACUUGCAGGCCCACCUGAAGAGUUUGGGCCUCCAGCCGGUCAAGAAGGACAUCAAUGAGGAGUUCAGGUUCGGCGGCGGUGACGUGGCAGUCAGCACGGAGUCGUUCGUCUAUCCUGCUGGGAUAAAUAGCACACACGGAGUCAUUGAGGUGGCUCGAGUGGAAGGACGAACACCACCACUGCUAUCGCAGCAGGCGAUGCAGGAUCUAGGCGUGAUCGUCAAUUACCGCAAGAAGGUGAUGGACAUCGAGGAGGCCGGAGUGAUCAAGAAGCCGAUCAAACAAUCACGGUCGGGACAUUUCCUCGUAGACAUCGGAGAGUAUGGCAACCCGAACGAGUUCCCGGAGUGUUUCCAUAUCAAUGGCAAGAUGGACAUGACCCCACAGGAGGAGGCCGGCGAACUCGGGUUCAAGGACCUCUCGCGUGUUGGAGUCCUACAGCGAGGUAGGAAGAAGCGGUUGCAGAGGACCACGAGAGGAGUUGCUGAUGCGUUGGCUGCAGAGGCGAAGAGAUCCGUCCACAAGGACCCACCGACAGUGAAGUCGAGAUCCAAGAGGUGGAAGUUCCUGGAGAUAUUCUCGUGGACGCUUGCUCUAUCGUGCGAGGCGUCGGCGCAAGGGUGGCAGGUCAUGCCGCCAAUUAGCAUCGAGACGGGCUUCGACCUCUACACACGUUCUGGGCGGGCACGAGCCUGGAGGGAGGUCGUCGACAACAAGCCAGACGUGGUGGCCAUGGCUUGGCCCUGUGACCCCUGGACGGUGAUGCACAACUACCAGGCACACCGCCCGGCGUUCCAGAAGGAGUUGCAGGUGCGACAACAGCAGUCCCGUGGAGCGUUGAGGUUCGUGGUGAAGAGGGUGGCUGACUACCAACGCAAGCGCGGAACCUACUUCUACGGCGAGAACCCGCUCACAAGCAAGGCCUUCCAGGAGGAGCCGAUAGUGGAGCUGCUGAAGUCGCACGGCACGACGGUGGUGGACAUGUGCGCGUUCGGGCUCCGACAUCCAGACUCGGAUUUACCUAUUAAGAAGCCAUCCCGAAUCAUCAUGUCCACGCAGACGAUGGCGGACAAGAUCGAACGACGGUGCCCAGGACACCGACAACACGCUAAGAUCGAAGGGCGAUUGGCUACCCAAAACAUGAGGACGAGCACGCACGCCGGCGGCUACACGAAGGAGUUCGCCGAGGCCGUCAUCAGCGUGUUCACGGAGGCGUUGGACAUAAGGUUCCGCCCGGACUCCGAGGAGCCCCACCUGAAGUUCUACCUGAAGUUAUACCUGAAGCUCUACCGGAAGUACCCCCAGAAGAUCCUGAAGGACAACAACCACCGGAGCCUCAAGAGCAGCAAGUACCUCAGACUGAUGAGGAUAGGCGGAGCCUCCCAGCUGCACCUGGACUACGCGAAGGUAUGGCAGUGCGAGGUGUGCGCGAGACGAGCAGCUCCAGAGCGACGUCGAGUGGUGUCGAGCCGACAGAGACCCACGUCAUUUGGGAUCGCGGUCGGGGUGGACACCAAGGAGCUGAAGGACGCGAGUGGAGGCAAGUACCUGGCCCUGAAUUGCGUGGAUUUCGCGACGAAGUUCUCGUGCCUGAUCAUGCUGGAGAAUCCCUCCAGUGCAGAGGCAGCCAGGAUGUUCAUGACGAAGUGGUGCGCCUGGGCCGGAGUACCUAUCGUGUGCCACUCCGACAACGGCUCGGAGUUCAGGAAGGAUUUUGCAUCCUACGCGGAGUCGGUGGGAAUCACGAUGAGAGUGGUGCCCACGGAAAGUCCGUGGCAACACGGGCUGGUCGAGCGCCACGGGGCCGUCAGCAACGACAUCGUGCGCGCGAUUGUGGACGAGUGCACCAUCCAGGGCCCGGCCGAGAUGGAGUUAGCCAUAGCGGCGGCGAACAUCUGCAAGAACCGAAGAGUGGAUCCAUCAGGAUACAGCCCCAGGAUGAGAGUUUUCGGUUGUGGAGACAGGUUACCAGGCAGCGUGCUGGACAGCCUCCUCAGCGACGAGCAGUACCCAGAGAUCGCCGUGCACGACGCGGUGCUCAAGGACUACCAGGUCCAGCGGUCGCAGAAGAUACGCGAGGCGGCUCAGGUCGCGCUGGCGAAGCUGGACAACAGCGACAAGUGGAGGAAGGCCAUCGUCCACAACUAUCGACCCACACCUUCGCCGUGGAUGCCCGGAGAGUGCGUGUUCUUCUGGCGAGCGGCAGGUACCUUCAAGCCGCAGGCACGAUCUACAAGACGAGCAGACCGUUGGCACGGUCCAGCAGUCAUCCUCGGCAGGGAGUGGGGACGCGAAGGCCAGAACGAAGAGUAUUGGCUGGUGUUCAACGGGAACCUCCUGCUGGUGGCACCACAACAUAUCAGGUCGGCAACCCCAGAGGAGCGCUUGGCGAGCGAGGCCAUCGGCAGCAUCCUCGAGAACUACAACAUGGACCUGAGCGGGAUCUCGAGGGGUCAGCACACGUUCGAGGCACCAGUGGUGGAGGCGGUGUUCAACCAAGCCGUCGAGACCCCAGUCCCGGACCUGGACACGGAGACGCUGUACGCGAUGAACGACGUGUUCUCGCUGGAGCUUCGUCCCUUUCAAGCAGGCACCAAGGGGAAGGAGCUGGAUUCGAGGAAGUUCACGAAGGCGGAGUGGCUCGGGUUCAACAAGAGCAUCGCCAAGAACUGGAACCAGCACCUGGAGCACGAGGCCGUCAGGGUGGUCCUGCCCGAUGAGGCGGCGAAGGUCGACAAGUCGAGGAUCUUCAAGGUGCCGGCGCGCUUCGUGCAUACCCUCAAGGAGGGCCAGCCGAACCGCCGACUUGUGAUCCCGGGACAUCUCGACCCGGACAACCAGGGCAAGCUUGGCAUCAAGCAUGCGAAGCGCAUGGCGAUUUCGUCAGAAACGGCAGGUACACGGACAGAUGCACCAGUGGCGCCCAUGGUAGGGCUGAUGCUGCUGCUGAACUUGGCGGCGCAUUUUGGCUGGGAUCUCGGGACGUUCGACAUCGGCUCGGCGUUCCUCACCGGCAAGACAAACACGAGACGGUUAUAUGUGAUGCCUCCCCGAGAAGGGCUACCUGGAGUUCCUGCUGGGAGCUUGGUGGAACUGCUCAAGGGUGUAUUCGGGCUACGAGAGUCCCCUCGCUUAUGGUGGGAAAGAUUCUCGGAGGUGUUGAUCCAGGCCGGAUUCCAGCCGCUCAAGACCAUGAAAGGAGUUUUUGUCAUUCGGAGCGACAAAGGCAAGAUCGAGGCGGUCCUAUGUGUUCACGUGGACGACGGACUCUGGGGCGGUACAGGCGAGCGGUUCGCCAGAGCGAAGGAGAUCGUACGCGAGAAGCUCAACGUGACCAAGGAGAAGCAGGGUCAGUUCGAGUUCCUCGGCCGGCGCAUCAAUCAGCUACCGGAUAAGUCCAUGGAGGUCGACCAGCACGAGUACAUCGAGAAGAUGGAGAAGAUCUUCGUGCCGGCAUCCAGGAGGAAGGACCCCGAGAGCAAGGCGACCGAAGAAGAGCUCUCGAAGUACCGCAGCCUGGGACAACAAUUAUCGUGGCCCGCGCGGACGACACUACCUGGUUUGGCCUAUGACGUCAGUGACCUGCAACAGCGGACGCCAGACUUGACGGUCGGCCAGCUGUGCAAGGCGAACACGGUGUUGAGCAUGGCCAAGGAGAUGGUGACGCGUGACGUCAAGCUACGAUUCAUUCUCCUGCUAACCGACGAGAAGUUCGAAGCCAAGAAAGUCAACGUGGUGGACUGGUGCUCGAGCAAGAUCCAUCGUGUGGUAAGAUCUACAUUGGCAGCGGAGGCGGCCAGUGCGAGCUACGGGUUCGACAGGGCGUGCUUCGUGAGGACGGCAUUGGCCGAGAUAUUGUACGGCUGGGAAUCAGAGAGCGACUGGACGACAUUGAUGGGCAAGAUCCCCAGCCUGUGCGUGACGGACUGCAAGAGCUUCGUCGACCUCUGCCGUAAGGAAGGGAGCAUGCCGACGGAGAGGAGGAUCGCGUUGGACCUCGCAGAUCUUCGAGAUCGAUUGGAAGUCGGAGACGGCUUGAUAUGGACAGACACCCGCCUGAUGCUUGCCGACCCCCUGACCAAGCACAUGAAGGAUCAGAGCUAUUUGGAGCAUGUCCUCAAGACGGGAGAAUACGUCUACCGGUGCAAGUAUGAGGCCAAGGCCGAGAAUCGUGGCGGGGGUGACCCCGGUGAGUGA